GCUCUACCUUCUCUAUCUGCAUUUGGAUAGAAGCUUGUUGACCGUUUUAAUAGUUUUCUAAGCAAAGAAACCGGAAGAUGGGGAUUACCCAGUUGCCGGAAGAGUGUAUUUCCCAUAUUAUUUCCUUCACAUCUCCAAAAGAUGCUUGCAGAUCGUCUCUGGUUUGUCCUCUGUUCAAAUCCGCCAUUGAUUCCGAUGUAGUUUGGAGAAAGUUUCUUCCACAUGACUGUCACCAAAUCCUCUUAAAUUCAGCUUUAGCUUCAUCCAUGGAUACCUUUUCCAAAAAGCAGCUCUUUUUCCAUCUUUCUGACCACCCUAUCAUCAUUGACAGUGAUAAGAACAUGAGCUUUAAAAUAGAGAAAGAGAGUGGAAAAAAAUGUUAUAUGUUUGGUGCAAGAAGGCUUUCAAUUAUUUGGGGAGAUACACCGGUUUAUUGGCGGUGGACAGCUAUAGCUGCAGGCUCUAGGUUCUCUGAAGUUGCUGAACUCAAGAUUGUAUGUUGGCUUGACAUCAAGGGAAGAAUAGAAACUAACAUUUUGUCGCCGAAAACAACCUAUGGAGCUUACUUUGUGUAUAGACUUAAAGAACACAGAGGUGGGUUUCGAAGAAAUCCGGUUGAGUUUCGAGUAUAUUUUGAAGGAGAUGAGGAGGCCCAUGGAGAUGGGAGUGGGCAUAGUGUUUCCUUAGAUCCAGAAGAUGAGCAGCAACUAAUUCGAGAUAGAGGAGAUGGGUGGAUGGAGGUGGAAAUGGGAGAGUUCUUCAAUGAUGGUGGAGAGGAUCAUCGGGUGGUUGUAUGCAGUCUGAUGGAGACUGAUGAUUAUAUUGGUAAGAGUGGACUGGUUGUUGAAGGAAUUGAGUUUAGGCCUAAAUCUGGUAGAUAGAAAUAUAAUUUAUGCCUCUUAGCUUGUUUUCAGGUCCUUCUUGUAUUCAUACUUUAUACCCGAAAUAUUCCACUUGAGGAUAUCCCUAUCUCUCUUUAAUGAUGUUUUUACCUUGUUUAGUAUGAUUGUGUUAAUAAUUUCUCUUUCGAGUUUUAUACUUUGGACAUAUGGUGGGGUCCACAUGUAUAUUAGAGGAAGGGGUGUCAACUUCUGGAUAUCCGGAUAUUUGGACCUUUUUUAUCCCUAUCCCUCGUUAAUGAUGUUUUUACGUUGCUUAAUAUAACUAUGUUAUCAAUUUCUUUUUU